AUGCCACCACCGCCACGACCUUUUUCUCCUGCCCCUCCGCCUCCUCAAACUCCCCUGCCGACGAAACCUUCCUCUAAACCAACCCAGGUACUGCAUUUUCCUCCUCCAACUUCAACUCCAGUAUCAUCUUUUUCGUCAAGCGGCCUCAUCGUUGGAAUGGCGGCAGCAGUCACUUUCGCCAUUUUGAUUGUGGUACUUAGCGCUUUUGGCAUUUUUUAUUGGAAGAAUAGAAAGAGAGAACAUGAUAAGGGGCUCAGACUUAAAGGCAAUAACGGAAUAAUAGAAAUCUCCUCAAAGAACAGAAUAUUCAGAUACGAGGAGUUGGAAGUUGCAACAGAUGGAUUCUCCAAAGCAAAUUUGCUUGGAGAAGGUGGAUUUGGUUAUGUCCACAAAGGAGUUCUUCCAAACGGCAAGGAGGCUGCCAUCAAACAGCUCAAGGAUGGAAGUAGGCAGGGAGAGCGUGAAUUCCAAGCUGAAGUAGACAUAAUCACUAGGAUUCAUCACAGGAAUCUCGUUUCUUUGCUUGGAUAUUGCAUCGCCGGCCACCAUAGACUUCUCGUCUACAAAUUUGUUCCAAACAAUACAUUAGAGUUCCAUCUACAUGGUUAUCCCAAGAUCAUCCAUCGUGAUAUCAAAGCUGCUAACAUUCUCCUCGAUUUUAAUUUCCAAGCGAAGGUUGCUGAUUUUGGGCUUGCAAAGUUUUGCCCAGAUAUGAAUACGCACGUGUCCACUCGAGUGAUGGGAACUCUAGGGUAUGUGGCCCCUGAAUAUGCUUCCAGUGGAAACCUCACUGAAAAAGCCGACGUUUUCUCCUUUGGAGUCAUGCUUCUUGAGUUAAUUACUGGCCGCCGACCAAUAAUUAAUUCACAUCAUACUUUCAUGGAGGCAAUGCCUUUGCUAACAAAGGUUUUGAAAGAGAAUAAUUUUGAAGUUGUAGCUGACCAAAAGCUCCAAAAUCAGUAUGAACCAACCGAAAUGGUUUCCAUGCUGGCUUCUGCAGCUGCUUCUAUACGAUAUGAAGCAAAGCUUCGACCAAAGAUGAGCCAGAUAGUUCGUGCUUUGGAAGGAGAUGCAUCUCAAGUAGCUGAGUUCACUUCUAAUGUAUUAUGCUUAGAUUCCGAGGCUGCUAGAUACCGACGAGAAAUGAUCAAAAUCAUUAGUGACAUGAGUGGAUCCACGAGUUAAUUAGUUGGUAUAAACCCAUUCGAGAACGAGGGAUAAUUCUUAAGUAUUUCAAAAUAUACACAAAUACAAUAUUAAUGACCCUAAUACUACGAAAAAAAUCUAGAAUAUUGUGGACAAUAGAGCUCAUUCACCAGCAAUAGAAGAAAUAGAGUGAUGCACUACAAAGGCAGUUAUGCUACAACUGCUAUUUAAGUACUGAAUAACUUAACUAGAGUUAGAUGUUAAUCUGAGUUUGUUAGCUAUAGUUAGAAGGCAGUUACAUUUUUAGUUGUGUAUAUAAACGCCAUUGUAUAAACUG